AGGGGAAGAAAUUUUUUUUUUAAAAAAGGGAAUUAUUGUUUUUUCUUAUUGCUUGUACUUCUAUUUUUCGAGAUUGAGUUGGUAUUCAGUCUACUUCUAAAUAAGUACUCCGCGUAACAAAGAUGGUGAGUGAAGUGGUUCCAAUUCCUUUAAGAGUUGAAAGCUUGGCUAAAGGUGGAAUCCAAGUCAUUCCUAAAGAGUAUGUGAGGCCACAAGAAGAGUUAAAUGGUAUAGGAAACAUCUUUGAGGAUGAGAAGAAAGAUGAAGGACCUCAAGUACCGACGAUUAAUCUAAAAGAAAUUGACUCAGAGGACAAGGAAAUUCGCGAAAAAUGCCACCAGGAGUUGAAGAAAGCAGCUGUGGAGUGGGGUGUCAUGCACCUCGUUAACCAUGGGAUAUCGGAUGAGUUAAUAGAUCGUGUCAAGGUUGCUGGAGGUACCUUUUUUGAUCUACCUGUUGAAGAGAAGGAGAAGUAUGCUAAUGAUCAAGCUUCUGGUAAUGUCCAAGGCUAUGGCAGCAAGCUAGCAAAUAGUGCUUGUGGUCAGCUUGAGUGGGAGGAUUACUUCUUUCAUUGUGUUUUCCCUGAGGACAAGCGCGACUUGGCCAUCUGGCCUAAAACCCCUGCUGACUACAUUCCAGCAACAAGUGAAUAUGCCAAGCAGAUCAGGAACCUAGCAACAAAGAUUUUUGCAGUGCUUUCGAUUGGGUUGGGAUUGGAAGAAGGAAGACUAGAAAAGGAAGUUGGAGGCAUGGAAGACCUGCUGCUUCAAAUGAAGAUUAACUACUACCCCAAAUGUCCCCAACCAGAACUAGCACUUGGCGUUGAAGCUCAUACUGAUGUGAGUGCACUGACUUUCAUCCUCCACAAUAUGGUGCCUGGCUUGCAACUCUUUUGUGAAGGGAAGUGGGUAACUGCAAAGUGUGUGCCUAAUUCCAUAAUUAUGCACAUUGGGGAUACCAUUGAAAUCCUAAGCAAUGGAAAGUACAAGAGCAUUCUUCACAGAGGGGUUGUGAACAAAGAGAAAGUAAGGAUUUCAUGGGCUAUUUUCUGUGAGCCUCCAAAGGAGAAGAUUAUGCUUAAGCCCCUACCUGAGACUGUCACCGAGGCUGAGCCAUCUCAAUUCCCACCUCGCACCUUUGCACAGCAUAUGGCACACAAGCUUUUCAAGAAGGAUGAAAACGAUGCUGCUGCUGAACAAACAGUAUUCAAGAAGGAUGAUCAGGAUUCUGCUGCUGUACACAAAGCCUCCGAAAAGGAUGAUCGCGAUAUUGUUGCGGAGCACAUAGUCCUCAAGGAGGACAAACAGGAUUCUGCUGUUGAACAGAAAGCCUUCAAGAAGGUUGAUCAGGAUGUUGUUGCUGAGCACAAAGUUCUCAAGGAGGACGAGCAGGAUGCAGUUGCUGAGCUCAAAGUUUUCAAGAAGGAUGAUCAGGAUGUUGUUACUGAGCAUAAAGUCCUCAAGGAUGUUCCUGCUAAAGAAUCUAAAUAGUUUCUCUUGGUUGUCAUACUCCGAUGGUUGUUUAUUUGUUGAUCCCCUAUUUUAUGUCCUCCGCGGUGUCUUUAUUUAAUAAGCAUAUCAACAAAAUUUCAAGCAAUAUCACCCCUUUGUAUAUGAGCAACACAACACCCUGUGGAUUCUUUAAUCAAUAAAAACACAAUUAUUUUAGCGAAAUAA